AUGGAAUCGAAGAACCCAUACACCUUUCCGCUGACACCAGAGCAGUAUGCUCCAGCUCCUGUGCCUUCAAUGGCUGAAUGGAAACAACUAUGGAGGGUCUGGGACCUUGUCACCACCAAGAUGAUACCGCCUGAUGCAUUGAUGGAACAACCAAUUCCUCUGCGAAAUCCUCUACUAUUCUAUCUGGGUCAUAUUCCAACCUUGCAAGAUACCCACCGUGAUAUUCAUCUUGCGCGGGCAACGAACAGCAAGCUCACUGAGCCAGCAUAUUUUCAUCAGAUCUUUGAGCGCGGCAUUGAUCCUGAUGUUGAUGAUCCUUCGAGAUGCCAUGACCAUAGCGAACUUCCGGACGUCUUUCCAUGUCUUGGAGACAUUCUUCAAUAUCGUGAGCGUGUGAAGGCACGAAUCACGGCGCUCUACGGAAGUGAGAAACCAUACACAGACCGCUGCAUUGGACGAGCUCUAUGGAUCGGUUUUGAGCAUGAGGGCCUUCAUGCUGAGACGUUCCUGUUCUUGACCAUUCAAAGUCCCAAUAUCAUUCCCCCUCCUGAUCUGCCCAAACCAGACUUCACAAAGCUCGCAAAAGAAUCUGCUUCACGACGCCUUCAGAAUCCAUGGAUCAAAGUGCCCGAGCAGAAUUUCACUAUCGGGUCCCAUGACCCUGAAAGCGACGAUGGCCCAAACAGAUUCUUUGCGUGGGACAAUGAGCGCGAGCCGCAUGAGAUCACUGUCCCACAGAUCGAGGUACAAGGUCGACCGGUCAGUAACGGCGAGUAUGCUAGGUACCUCGUGGACGUUAAGGAACCUCAGAUUCCUGCAACCUGGAACAACAUGCGCGAUGCUCGAGUUGAUGAAGAUUACACCACUUUCGUCGCUCGUCACAGUAUCAAGACUGUCUGGGGACCAGUUCCAUUGUCGCAAGCACUUGAUUGGCCUGUGAUGGCUUCUUUCGACGAGGUUGAGCGAUAUGCUCGAUGGGCUGGUGCUCGCUUACCAACGCUCCGCGAAUUACGAAGCAUCCACGAGCAUGUCGAGCGUCGUCGCAAAGCCCCAGACAGCAAAUUCAACCACCAGUUCCAUACCCAUCCGACGGCCAUAUUUGUUGAUCUGUCAGACACAAACUCAGGCUUUCGAAAUUUCCAUCCAAUGGGAAUCACUCACAAGGAUGAUCUUUGCGGACUGGGUGACACUGGAGCCGAAUUUAUGGACCAGAAACACUUGGCCGUGGUUGGAGGAAGUUGGGCCCUGCAUCCUCGUAUUGCAGGUCGAAAGAGCUUCUUGAACUGGUGGCAGAAGAAAUAUCUCUGGCCAUGGGUAACGUUCCGCCUUGUACAAGACGUUGAGUAA